UUCCAUGUACACCAGCUUUUUAUUGAAUUUUGCAGCCAGUAUAAAAUUUAAUUCCAAAACGAGUUUUUUAAAUGAAUUUCGCAGACAAAACGACAACAGAAACAAGAAUGACUGCAUAUUUAUGAUCAUUUUGCGGCCACACAUGGGCUCCAGUACAUUCUGGACUGCCAUUUUCAAACAGAGAAACUGGACAACAAACUACAAAAGCUAAUAGUAGGACGUGGUUCGCAAAAGCAACGGCUCAGAUCCAGAUGUUAUAGCAGAGCUUCGACAGUUAUAGUCUUUCGGAUUUUCCAAAGGAUUGUUUGUACAAAAGAAAAUUAUGCUUUGCCACUCAACCAAAGCCACUCAUUUGAGUGUGUAUUUUUAGCAUCCCAGUUCCUAGCAUCCCGCGUGCUAAAAAUGCCAACGACUACAUUUCGCCAAAAUCCCCCGAUGUUUUGUGGAGCCAUGCAAACAAAACUGUGAUCUCAAACUUCCUGUCACAGUUUAUCUGAUCCACACCCACCUGAAAACAAGAUUUGCUUGAGACUGAGACAAGUAUUUUUUUUUUCUGGUGCAUUUUGUGGAAAUUAAGGAACAUCGAUCUGAUUGGUUUCCUGUCUGCUGCUGUGUUAAUUGUUUGUGAAUCGAUCGAUCGGUUAAUUUGGUGGCGAUGGAUUCGGCUCGGAGCUGGUUCAACAAGCUCCAGACGCGUGAGAAGUCGAUGGGCAAGAAGAAGGAGCUGCCCCCCAACGGCAAGGAAGGCGAUGACGCGCCGUCCAGCGCCACCAAGCAGCGCGUCGCCGCCGCCAAGCAGUACAUCGAGAAGCACUACAAGGAGCAGAUGAAGAACCUGCAGGACAGGAAAGAGAGACGGUACAGCUUCGAGAGGAAGCUGGCAGACGCGAACGUAUCGGAGGAGGAGCAGCACAACAUCCUGAAGCAGUUCGAGAAGAAGGAGACGGAGUACAUGCGGCUGCAGCGGCACAAGAUGAGCGUGGAGGACUUCGACCUGCUCACCAUGAUCGGCAAAGGGGCCUUCGGCGAGGUCAGGGUGUGCAGGGAGAAGGCCACGGGGAACGUGUACGCCAUGAAGAAGCUCAAGAAGUCGGAGAUGCUCCGGCGGGGGCAGGUGGAGCACGUCAGGGCCGAGAGGAACCUCCUGGCCGAGGUGGACCACCACUGCAUCGUCACGCUCUACUGCUCCUUCCAGGACAGCGAGUUCCUCUACCUCAUCAUGGAGUACCUCCCCGGGGGCGACAUGAUGACGCUGCUCAUGAGGAAGGACACGCUCACCGAGGACGAGGCCCGGUUCUACGUCGGCGAGACCGUGCUCGCCAUCGAGGCCAUCCACAAGCACAACUACAUCCACAGGGAUAUCAAGCCUGAUAAUCUGCUCCUAGAUAGAUACGGUCACUUGAGACUGUCGGAUUUCGGGCUAUGCAAACCGCUAGACUAUUCGGCAUUCCCUGACCUGAACGAGAAGGAUGUCACGCCUAACAGAACGUCGUCGGCGCAUGGUGAUGGGAGACAGCAAUCUGUGCCAAACCGCACGCAGCAAGAACAGUUGGAGCACUGGCAGAAGAACAGAAGGACUUUGGCUUACUCCACUGUUGGUACACCAGACUACAUUGCUCCGGAAGUUCUUCUCAAGAAAGGUUAUGGAAUGGAGUGCGAUUGGUGGUCACUCGGAGCCAUCAUGUAUGAAAUGCUAGUGGGGUAUCCCCCAUUCUAUUCAGAUGAACCUAUGACAACUUGCAGAAAGAUAGUGAACUGGAGAACACAUCUAAAAUUUCCUGAAGAAGCAAGGCUAACGACGGAUGCAAAAGAUCUUAUAAGUAAACUCUUGUGCAACGUUGAUCAACGCCUCGGUACAAAAGGUGCAGAGGAAAUCAAGGAGCACUCUUGGUUUAGUGGAAUAGAUUGGGUGAAGUUAUACGAAACCGAAGCUGCAUACUUACCUCAAGUAACGGAUGAGUUGGACACUCAGAAUUUUGAGAAAUUUGAAGAGUCUUCAGAUCAUUGUCAGGCUUCAUCGAAGACGGGCCCUUGGAGGAAGAUGCUUUCUUCAAAGGACUUGAAUUUUGUGGGCUACACUUACAAGAACUUUGAACUCGUGAAUGAUGAUGAAGUUCUCGAAAUGGCUGGGCUUAAGAAGAAAGAGAAGGCAAAGAGACCAAGCGUCAAAUCUCUAUUUGAUUCGCCGGAAGGGGAGGAGCAGCAAGCGGCGGGCGGCGAAGACGACGAUGGCGGCAGCGCCGACGGGAGCGCCCGGUGCCGGAAAUCGACGGCCGAGCCGGAGCUGACGAGGAGCCUCAGCUUGCCGUCUUCCUCCGAUGAGAAACCUGGGCUCACCUUGCCGUCGGAUUGAAUCAGAAACCUCUGCUUCUUUUCUCUUCUCUUCUGAACCUGGCUAACACUACGUAAUCACUUAACAAACGGCGGAGUUCCCCUGUAUCGAUCUUUGUCGUCGCAUGCAUAUAUGCUAGCUUCACGCGGAUAUGGUCGUCGAUCUAGCUAGCUUUGUACUCCACUAGAGUUGUUUGUACCCUUGACCCUGGUUGAUUAAUUUAAGAUAGUGAUACUGUAUUUAGAAAAGGACUGACACUUCCAAUGCUCCACAAGAUACUACUACUGUAUUUUAAGCAUUGCAACCUUGGCGAUACCAUCGGGAGUUGCUAGUUUACGGUCAUCCGUCUCGGGGUUA